UGUUUAUAAAUACAUGGAUGUAAGUGAAAAUUUCAACUCCAAUUUCUCUGGCAACAAAAGAUCAAACGCAAUUAACAAGCAACAGGAAAGAAGUUCUUACUUUUUUCACAAAAUUCUAUCACAUUUCCACGAUUUCAGGGUUUCGCUGCGGCGACUCUGGAUCAUUAUUUUUCUGUGUGGUCUAGGUGGUUUUUGAGAAUUCUUGCUGGGGAGGGUAGUCCAGGUGGUUCGAUUUCUGGGUUUGCAGAUCUGAGUUUGGCAAUUUACCCCCACAAUUCACCAUGUUUUGGCGCAUGGCUGGAUUGUCCACAGCGUCGCCUAUGGAGGCAGUUUUGGAUAAGGAAAAUUUUACGUUAGAGGAGCUUCUAGAUGAGGAUGAAGUUAUUCAGGAAUGCAAAGCACUUAAUGGUCGACUUAUUAACUUUUUGAGAGAAAGAACUCAUAUUGAACAGUUAAUCAGAUACAUUAUUGAAGAAGCUCCUGAAGAGGCUGAGAAGAAUCGAAGUUUUAAGUUUCCUUUUAUUGCUUGUGAGAUUUUUACUUGUGAAGUGGAUAUAAUUCUCAAAGCUUUGAUGGAGGAUGAAGAGUUGAUGAACUUGUUGUUUUCCUUCCUAGAACCCAAGCCUUCUCAUAGCACCCUACUGGCUGGCUACUUCAGCAAGGUUGUCAUAUGCUUGUUGUUGCGGAAGACAAUUUCUUUUAUGCAGUAUGUUCAAGCACAUCAAGCAAUUGUAAAGAAGCUAGUUGAUCUGAUAGGAAUUACUUCCAUCAUGGAGGUUUUGAUAAGGCUUCUUGGUGCUGAUGGGCAUCUGUAUUCAAGCUAUACAGAAUCAAUGAAGUGGAUUGAAGAGACUGGUGUUCUGGAGUUGAUAGUGGACAAGUUCAGAUCUUCAGAUUGUUCGAUAGUUCAUUCUAAUGCAUCUGAAACACUUUGUGCUAUUACUCGAUUUGCUCCUCCUGGUAUUAUGGCUAAAAUUUCCAGCCCAAGUUUUGUAGGAAGACUGUUUCGCCAUGCCUUGGAAGAGUUACGACCACCAUCUGUUUUAAUAAACUCAUUAUCUGUGUGCAUAUCUUUGUUAGAUCCUAGGAGGCUAACUACUGGAACAGCUUAUGCAUACAAUCGCCAAAUAACUCGUGGACCUACAGUUUCAGCAACUAUGGAGACUGUAGAAGGCAUGUUGGAGAGUUUAGGUAGGUUGCUCAAGCUUUUGGAUGUUUCUUCAUCAGAUGAAGUUUUGGUUACUGCAUACGGAAAGUUACAGCCACCUCUUGGGAGGCAUCGUCUGAAGAUUGUAGAGUUCAUAUCGGUCUUACUUUCGGUGGGUGGCAAAGCAACAGAGGAGUUGAUUAAUCUUAGAGCAAUCAAUCGAAUUGUGGACUUGUUCUUUGAGUACCCAUACAAUAACUUUCUGCAUCACCAUGUAGAGAACAUUGUAGUGUCAUGUUUAGUGAGCAAGAAUUCUUCACUUGUAGAGCAUGUUCUUCAUGAGUGUAAUCUUGUGGGGAAGAUACUGAAUGCAGAAAAGCAUUUCACUUUGCCAGUUGGUCCGAACAAGCCAACUGUUUCUGCAGAAGGUAAAGCACCACCUAGGAUAGGGAACAUGGGUCAUUUAACACGUAUAUCUAACAAACUUGUUCAACUGGCAAACAACAGCAGUGAGAUUCGAUCACAUUUGCAGGAUAGCACGGAAUGGAGUGACUGGCAAACAAAUUUCCUUUCAAAGCGUAAUGAAUUGGCAAAUGUCUACCAUUGGGCGUGUGGGCGCCCAACAGGACUGCAGGAUCAAAGUAGGGAUAGUGAUGAAGACGAUUACCAGGAAAGAGACUACGAUGUUGCAGCUCUAGCAAAUAAUUUGAGCCAGGCUUUUAGACAUGGCAUUUACAGCAAUGAUGAUAUGGAUGAGGCUCAUGGAUCACUUGAACGUGAUGAUGAGGAUGUUUACUUCGAUGAUGAAUCUGCUGAAGUUGUUAUAUCCUCUCUGCGUCUUGGUGAUGACCAGGAAAGUGGCUCUCACUUUACAAAAUCAAAUUGGUUUGCUUUUGAGAAUGAUUUAAUUGCAAGUGAUCGUACAACUGGCUUGCUUGCCUCUCCUUCCCCGGAUAUUAAAGAGACUGGAGUCGUCAAUGAUGGUGCUAAUGACGUUAUUGUUGGCGAAGAUGAUGAUUUGGAUGACAUGGCAACAUCCUCUCCACAAUCACAGGGCACGUCAGAACACUCGCGCAAUGUAACAAGCAAUUCAAAAGAAAUAGCAGCCAACGAGACUGAUAAUCCACCUGAGUGGGUCGAAUGGAGGGAGACCUCAAAUCACGAAGGUUCCUCCUUAACACUUUCAAAUGGGGAAGUUGCAGUAAUUUCAGAGGUUAUUGAAUCAGAUGCCACACAGCCCUCUCUGUCCGUAGGUGCAUUGGCCGGUAAAGAAGCUGCUGUUGGACAAGUACCAGCACAUACCAAUAAUGAUAAAAAUUUGGAUUCUUCAGAAAUGUCGAAAUGUGUAGAAAAUAUUAAUAUAAAAUCAAAAUCUAUCACUAGUGAGGAAAUAGUCAAUGAUGCAGGAGCCAAUGAUGUAACAAUAGGCCACGAGAGCGCCAAGGAAAUGAAACGCUGAUUGAUAUAUGUUUGGCAUUGAUCCCGUGGGUAGAUGAACCCUUGGGCAUGUUUGCUCGCUAGGGAAUUGUAUUCUUAGAUCCUUGUGUACAUCAAUCAAUGGGGCAAGGUGAAGGUAUAAUAGGUUGAUUAUUCUUUCUCACCAUCUGUAGAAAAGUUAAGGUCUCAUGUCUGUCACUCACGUUAUCUCUAUGAAGAGGGAAGGUUCUGAUGUUAGAUAUUUGUUGUGCGGGUAAUUGAUUAGUAUUUUAGGUCUUAAUGGGCGCCCAAUAAAGGUUUAUCUUAAUUCUUGUGCCUGCAAA